AUGGCUCCCUGCCCCAGGACUGACAGUUCUCCAAAUCCAGAUCGAAAUCAGAGUUGGGACAACCUCAGCGAGGUCCAGUCCAUCAGCACCGCCGACACCAGUGGCGCAUCGCGAUCCGGAAGAAGCAGCCCUCGCAAGAAGGAAGUCGCGCUCCGUCGCACCCACGAGUGGCCCGUCGCCCGCGUCAACAUCACUCAGCUUAAGUCGAUCCCUGCUCUGUUGGAAAGUCUUGCGCUCGAUCUGAAAAAGAUCGAAUCCAUGAGUGCCAACGCUGGCAUGCUCGACCAGCCAAACCCUGACUGGUUUUAUACUGCGAGAGACGGACAAGAGGAGCUGAGGGCCGUACAUCGUCAGAUGCAGAAGAUUUGCCGAAACAGCUUAACGACGCCCUCGAGGGCCCAAAAUGUCGUGACCUUCCGGAAUAUCACGCUCUGCCGCACGCUCAAGGCGUUCCAUGAUGAUGACCCUGCACUACGGGAGAACAAGGUAGACUACGGCAUCUUUCUCCAGCCAGCACGAGGAGAUGACGGCCUUGCCGAGCGCCUUUCGGACCUAGCGAGCGAGGAUAUCGACCUCACCCACUUCACGCUUAGCGACUUCGCACCGACCCCACUGGCUAUUAGCAUCAAGACUAAGACUCUCCAGGCUAAGCCGACCGAGGGCUCCGUGCAGCUCGCCAACUGGGUGCGCGCCCACUUCCGACAGCUCGCUAGGCUUGUCGAGCGCUGCCACCACGAUCCGGACUACCAGUUACCCGUCCUCCCCAUCAUCUACGUCUACGGCAAUACCUGGAGGGUGGACUUUGCGCAUCGCUGUGAUGGAAAGACCAUGAUAUACGAGGGAAUGAGCGUCGGCGACACGCACACAGUGUACGGAUGUUAUCAGGUUUGUGCAGCGAUUCGGCGGCUUGCCGCUUGGGUCCAGGAGGACUUCCGGAGAUGGUGGUUAGAAACUACGAAGCUGCCCAUGUAG